GGCGCGAAGCGACGUCUACUACCAGAGCUCUUGUUUCGUAAUCUAUAAGCUUUCGCUUUUCUUACGAACCCGGUUCUUCUGAUCGAACGGUUCGGAUUACUGACCCUUUUCGUCAUCUCUUCCACGAAAGCACGGAAAGCCGGUUCUAAUGGAGUCGCUGCCGUCUCCCCAGAAUCCCAAGAAGCGACUGUUUUCGGAUACUGUGAGCAGUUCUCCGAGCAUGGACGAGGACGACGUCGUCUUGAUUCCCCCUCCCGUUACUCGGACUCGGAAAUCACGCAAAGGCAAAGAGGCUAUUGUGCCGGAUGUCAUUGAAAUUGAUGAUGAUGAAGAUUCUGACACUGCAGUGUUUACGGAUAAGAAGAAGGUUCACAGAAGUAAUAAAGUGAAGGCCAUAAAAUACUCUUCCGAUGAUUACCUUGAUCAUCGGGCUAAGGGAGCUGUGUUCAAUAGUUUUAUUACUUCUGGUAAGAGUUCUUCCUCAGCAUCACACAAGGUUGACUAUGGUGAUUUUUUUUUGGAUGAGAUAAUCGAUGUCGAUGAGUAUGCCCGACUGCAAUCCCAUUUUGAUAAUGUGGAAAUUCCUCCUGGAGUAGAAGCACCUAUGCCACCUAUCCCCUGGUUGUUGAAUCCACCUAAGAGUAUUGAAACUGCAGUUUCUGGAAGUAGUUCUUUUGAUAGAAACUAUCAGCAGGCUGCUAAGAGUUUUGCUCCAGCAUCGCAUAAUGUGAUGGACUUAGAUGGUCCCAGUUGUGAUGCAUCUAGUUCCAAGGGUGACUAUACUGGUCUUUAUUUGAACGAGUUUAUAGAUAUCAAUGAGUAUGCCCAAAUGACGGCUUAUUUUGAUGAAAUGGAUGUUCCUCCUGGAAUAGAAGCACCUAUCCCACAUAGUCUCAUGUUGUUAGAUUUUAGAAGCAGUGUAAAAUCAGUUUCUGGAAGUAGUUCAAGCUUGAAGACCCAAAAGGAUAGUGUUAGUCACUCUCUUGGGAUAUCAUCAUCUUGGAAACUUCCACAAGUUUCCAGCAGUAAAAAGAAACAGUCUUAUCUGCAACACCAAGGGAGUGCUUCUAGUCUCCCAGUUGGAGCAGAAUCAUCAGUAUUUCAAACACAAACUCAAAACAAUGUCUCUGUGAAGCCAGUUUCUAGCAUGGAUACAGAAAAAACUAUGGGGAAGGUAAAUGGUUUCAAACAAUUUGAUACAGUUGAAGAUCAUUCAGACCAUCAUUAUACUAAGACGAGUCAUUUAACAAAGCAGAAGAACUGGGCAAAGAAAAUUCAGGAAGAGUGGAAGAUCCUGGAGAAUGAUUUGCCUGAUAUGAUAUUCGUUAGAGUUUAUGAGACAAGAAUGGACCUCUUGAGAGCAGUAAUUGUUGGAGCGGAGGGUACUCCUUACCAUGAUGGUCUCUUUUUCUUUGAUAUUUCCUUCCCCAGUGGUUAUCCCAAUGGGCCACCGCAUGUCUACUACCACUCUGGUGGCCUUCGACUAAAUCCAAAUUUGUAUGAUUGUGGAAAAGUAUGCCUCAGCCUUCUCAACACCUGGUCUGGGGGCAAGCAAGAGAAGUGGAUCCCUGGUAAGUCAACGAUGCUUCAGGUUUUGGUCUCUAUACAAGGGCUGAUCUUGAAUACAGAGCCCUACUUCAAUGAGCCUGGAUGGGCACCCAUGAAGGGUACACCAAGCGGUGAAAUGCAAUCGAAGAAGUACAAUGAGGACACGUUCAUCCUAUCUCUAAGGACGAUGGUGUACAUGAUGAAGAAGCCUCCAAAGUAUUUUGAGGAGUUUGUUAUCGGGCAUUUCCGCAAUCGUGCUCAUGACAUUCUAAGUGCAUGUAAAGCAUAUAUGGAUGGAGCUCAAGUGGGGUGUCUAGUCAAAGGUCAGAUUCAGGGUGUUAAUGGUAACAAGAGCUGCUCACAGGCGUUUAAAAAUUCUGUAGCUGGGUGUUUGCCUACUCUUGUCAAACAGUUUACACAGAUUGGUGCCAAGGACUGUGAGAAAUUUUUACCACCAACAACAGUCGGGAAUAAGCAGAAUGGUAGCAUGCCUCAGGCUGCAAGACCUUCAGAGUGGAAGAAACAUUUUUAGUCAUCUACUUUGAAUAUUUAUUAUGGAUGUAACUAAUUAGUUAACUCUCCUAUAGUGGUCGAAUCUCCUUUGUGCAGGGCUUAAACCUUGCCACUUUGAGCAGAAAUUUUAGAAGGCGUAGUCUUUGAAAAGUGUAAAGCGUUCUGGAUAAGCUGCAUUAGCAAAAAAAGUUUGGAGCUCCGAUAUUUCCUAAUCUAUCUAUAUAUGGAGAGAAUUUGUCA